GCUCAUGCCCUGACGAGGUGUGCAUAAUGACAUCUCCAUGAACCCUUGAUCAACUUCGACCUCUGGUUGACGGCAUCCCCACACACGGUACCAAAUUUCGCAUGCACAGUCAAAGUGCUUCCAUCCAUCAUGCUGCCGAUAUUUCCCUGAGUAUUUCCCACUUUUUACCUUCUGACUCCACUCUGAACCUGUGACUGUAGAAACGGCACAAAAGCUUCGCAAGAAACUCUCAACAUGGAUUGGGUAAGUUCAGCCUCUCUAUUGUCCUCACCGCGAUUAGUGAGCCAAGGCGUGAAUCAUAUCAUGCAAGUCUACCACCGAUGCAUGCUUCGUCACCGCUGAUCAUAAACACUUGAUACUAACAGCAAGAACAGAUCCGUAAGCGUCGUGAUGAGCGCAAACGUAAAAGACUGGCAGCCCGCCGGACCUCACUCAACAAUUCCCAACUCGAACUUGAUACCGAACAAACGCAGAAUAAACCAACAAUGGCAUCAAUGUCGACGAGGUUUUUCUCGAUUCGCCGUCAACGAGGUGUGAAUACUUGCUUGACAAGAUACGAUCUGCUCGAACAAACUGGCGAAGAACCAGAGUAUGCAACCCCAGCAACAGAAGGAGAGACAAGAGCGAGACUACAGCAAUCGCUUCAGUCGAUGGGGAUAGACAAUAGAGAAGAGAUGCUUCGCAACCCAUUCGUCACACCAAGUCCAUCACCACCACUGCAACCCACCAAUUUGGUACCAACUGCCGGCCAGCAAAACGUAUCUACCGCCUCAAGGUCAUCAGAACAGCUACGACCCUCUGAUUCAGCAUCGGACGGCGGCCAGCGACCGACACCAAGCUCAGAAUUCGAUGAUGCUACAAGCCAAACCUGGCUUGAGCGAGUAAGCAGCACCAUCCGCCGCAAACCCAACAUCAAAGCUUUGCAAGCGUACAAGAGCGGGAGCAUCCGCUCAGCCUGGGCGUACACUCUUCCCAGAAACUGGAAGACGCGUAACACCGCGGCCACGAAAGCCUGGGUUGAUAGUGCCGCGGUGGUUGAUGAGCCGCAGCCCACUAGAUCGAUGGAUGAUAUGGAUAUCGAUGACGAAAGGAGAAGUCCGCUUCCAAGUCACUGGCGUGAUGGUGCAGAAUUGCAACAGACCUUUACAAGAAGGACAAGCGAGGUUGUUGGAGGUGACAGUGAGGUGGGGGACUGGAAUAGUCCUAGGGCAUCUGGAGAUAGGGACGCCCAAGAAGUCGACGAAGAGAUAGACAAAGAGUUUAGAGACUGGGCGAAUCAGCACAAGAUGCUGGUUGAGCGGUAUGAUCCACUUGCUGAGGCAAGUAAACGUGUGUCGGUUUUGAGUCAGACGCCGAAGAACAGGUACAGUGACUAUUUUCGGGGAUCGUGAAGGGCGGAUUGGGACAUCGGAUUGACCACGGGACUGGUUCUCGAACCGUCGAUUCCAACUCCAAUACAGCACUGACAGCAUUUAUACCUUUUUCAUCCUUCUAGUGUUUCUUAAGGGC